AGGCAGCAAUCAGGCAUUGUUGCAUUUGCCUUGGGACCGAGUAACGGACAAGAUGUUGGCCUAUAUUAUUUUUACCACCGUUUUCUUGGGGUUAAGCUCUGGUGCCAUUAUCCAACCGCGAGUGUCUUCCAACUCCUCAUCAGCGAUCCAGCGAUUCUCCUUUACCGCGGCCAUCUUGUACGGCCCGACCGGGUACUACCGGCAGGUUUGCGGCGGGGCGGUGCUCACCGCUACAGCGGUGCUGUCGGCUGCCAGCUGUCUUGACACCCAGGGGAGACCAAAUCCAGUAUCGCAGUACCGCGUCAGAGCGGGCUCAGCCCAGCCCAACGCCGGCGGUUCCGUAGUCUCCAUAUACCUGAUCAACCUUCACCCAAACUACAACUACAAAACCCUGCAGUCAGACAUUGCCGUGCUGCGAACAGAUACGCUGACGUACUCAGCAGCUGUGCAGCCGGUCGCUGUGGCUGGGGCCAAUUAUUACGUGUCAGACAACGAUGAUGUGCUGGUGAUAGGAUGGGGACAAAAUCAGAGUGUGUCCGCAGAACUUCGAAACACUCUCCGCUACGUCCAGCAGAAGGUCGUCAACCCGUCGUACUGUAAAGCGUUGCUAGGCUACGAAGGUCUGACCGUGACUGACGGCAUGUUGUGCACGAGCCGUGCGGGCGGGGAGUUCUGUGACGGCGACUACGGCGGGCCGGUGGUGCACGCCGCGACCGGCGUGCUGGUCGGCGUGGCUGCCUACAGCUACCGCUGCGGGGAGAGACGCUACCCGAGCGUGAGCACCAGGGUCGCAGCGUAUACCAACUGGAUUGUUGAUGCGGCCAAGUGAUGAGAUUAGAUCAAUCACUGCGAGGAUUUAAUAAUAAAACGUGGCAUUAUCGGU